GAGAUGGUGGCCUUGUGGGUGGGAUAAGGGGUAGGUGGGAAAGGGUAGUGGUGUGAAAAGAGGGAGUGGAGAAAAUUUGGGACAUGCAGGGCUGCGGCGGCCAGAGAAAGAGGUGACUUUCCCUAGCUCCAGGGCUGCGGUUGUUGGGGAGAGACAGCCCUCCUUCCCAACCUCAGCUCUGUGGUUGCUGUCCUUCCCAGCCUCAACUUGGAGGCUCCUGCAGUGGUGUAGGAGAGAGGGCACAUUCAUUGCAUUAGAAAGAAGUACAUGAUGGCUGUGUCCUGGUCAGAUCGAAACAACAUUCUCAUCUAUAGGACUUCUGAAGAGUUUAAGAAAUUCCAUAAAGUACUGAAGAGAAAAUUCCCCAUAGAAGGUGGUUUACUGAAGAAAUCUGACCGGAGCAUUCCAAAGCUUAAAGAUGCAAAAUUGAUGCAGAGAAAGAGCAGGAAUUUGAGCAGGUCAAUGGAGAGAUUGAAAUUGCUGGAAACUUACUCCCAGGAGCUGCUGAAAGCGGAUGCUAAAGUCUCCCAGAGCGAAGAUGUGAUCCAGUUUUUCAAAGCGCAAACCCAAGACCUAGAUCCUUCCUUUCCAGAAAACAGCAUUAUAAUUAUGCCCUCAGAAAUGGGAGAUGGAAAGAAAGACCAGCCCAAGCAGCAGAACCCCUCUGUUACUCAGCCAGUGGUCUCCCAGAGCUACAGCUGCAUUGAAACCUAUGAAACCAAAGACACAAAGAAUAGACCCUUCAAAGUUGCCAAGAAAGAAAUUGUCGAAGUGUUAAUCAAGGACAUGACCGGGUGGUGGCUGGUGGAGAACAAGGAUCAGCAAAUAGCCUGGUUCCCAGCUCCGUAUCUGGAGGAGAGAGUAACUGGGGAGGAGAGUCCGAAUGCCAGAGAACUGGAUGAGGAGGGGACUCUGUAUUACGCUGUGCAGGCCUACGAGUCUCAGAAGGCCGAUGAGCUCUCCCUAAAUGUCGGGGUAGUUGUGGAGGUGCUGGAGAAAUCUGAUAAUGGCUGGUGGUUGAUCUGGUACAAUGAGCGCACUGGCUACAUCCCCUCCAUGUUCCUCCAGCCCUAUAAGAACCCGCACAGCAAGUUCCAAACAAUGGUGGACACUGGCCUCUGUGUCUCCACCCUUAACCUGCUGCAGGCUGUCAGCCCCUCCAACUGCAGUUCCCUCCCCCAGCGCAAGACACCAGCAGGGGAUGGGCCCCCGACUCGCUCAAUGCAUGAGAGGCUCAUAAAGGGCAGGGAUCCUCUGAGCAGAAUGAGAUCGAGAUCUCUGAGAGGCCCGCUGCCUGGGGUGGAGAGCACAGCCAGCUACAACCUCACGUGUGAGCUAAACAGCCUGUCUGUUAGUUCUGGGAGCGGGAGCGAACACGGCUUCAAUGGGGAUUGGAAAGCAGGCUCAUCAGGGUCUCUGCCUGGAGUCAAGCAGGCCGGAGCUGGCCUCCUGCAAGCGAGCCUAGGUCAAGCCUCGCCCAGUCGAGGCAGCAAAGCUCCUCACCUCACCAGCAAGGAUAGGAAUGAUUCAGGCUUUGAGGAGGAGUCUCCAAGUGACUCAGAUUCUUUCCUUCACAGCCCAGACUCUGCUGCCAGCAUCCCCAAGGUGCCCGUGCGACCCGCGGUCCAGGAAAUCCUCCAGAAAUGCAGCACAGUGACCAAGAGAGCCGUGCAAAGGGCUGCACCCAGGCCAAGCCUGCAACCCUCACCUCACCUCCACCCCGGAGGGGAGACAUGUGCAAAGCCGACUGAUGCUCUAGAGCAUGUGUGCCUCCGAUGAGACUCCGUUAUCGCCCUGAGCUGGAGGGUGGAGACUGCAGUAGCUGAAAUUCCUGACAUUAUCCUGGC